AUGUUUUCAUGGAGGAAAACGAAGCUUCAGGCUGUUUCAGUUCACCACUGUCGUUUGAGUUCUCUGUUUCGUGGAGUCCUCGUCGACGCCAUUGAAGUUACAAGUACUCAAUCUCAAGCUUCUUUACGACAUGGUGUGGCGGGUAAAACUGUUCUUUCUACUGCCAAACACCUGAGUAUGUUAUCUAAGCUUCGUACUAGUACCGAGUUCGACGUAUGGUCUGUAGAUAGAACAGAAGCAUUUUCGACAAUUUCUGGAACUAUAUUGCUUCAAGCCAGGGAUCCUGCGAAACUCAACGAAGAUAUUCAAAUCGCAGUUGAUCAACAUAGAUGUGAUGAAGCUUGGAGAUUGUUUGAGCAACAUAUGCAAAUGGAAGGCUUCCCGCGAAAAUCUGUUGUUAACAAUGUUUUGGUGUGUUUUGCUGAGAGUCUUGAUUCCAAUUGGCUACAAAAGGGUUACAGUUUGGUGGAACAAGCCUUUGAAGAGAGUAAACAGAAUUUGCUAGAGAAGGAGCCUCUUGUAUAUCUCUCUUUGGCUCUCGCCAAGUCGGGCAUGGCUGUUCCUGCAUCAACGAUCUUGAGGAAGCUAGUUGAGACAGAGGAGUAUCCUCAUGUGAGUGCUUGGUCUGCGGUUUUGGCGCAUAUGUCUCUCUCAGGAUCCGGAAGUUAUCUUUCUGCUGAGUUGGUUCUUGAGAUUGGUUACUUGUUUCAGAAUAACAGAGUCGAUCCACGGAAGAAGAGCAAUGCUCCUCUGCUUGCGAUGAAGCCUAAUACUCAGGCGUUGAACCUUGCUUUGGCGGGUUGUUUGUUGUUUGGGACAACACGAAAAGCCGAACAGCUUCUUGAUAUGAUACCCAAGAUCGGUGUUAAAGCCGAUGCUACCUUGUUGGUAAUAAUGGCUCAUAUAUAUGAAAGAAAUGGGCGGAGAGAGGAACUGAGGAAGCUCCAAAGGCAUAUAGAUGAAGCUUGUAACCUAAACGAUUCUCAGUUUUGGCAGUUCUAUAACUGCUUGCUUAUGUGUCACCUCAAAUUCGGGGAUCUCGAAUCUGCAUCGAAAAUGGUUCUAGAGAUGUUAAGAAGAGGAAAGGUAGCAAGGAACUCACUUGGAGCCGCCAUUAUUGGAUUUGAUACUGCAGGUGAUGAUGAUAGAUUAAAUCUCAGAAAAGUUUCUGGAAAUGGAUCAGAGGUUGAAGAACACGAUAACAGUAUGAUUCCAUAUGAAGAGUUCUUUAGAGACAGGAAGUUUUUAAAACUUGAAGCUGAGGCAAAGGAUGUUCUUGGUGCAUUGUUGGGUAAGUUGCAUGUACAAGUCGAAUUGAUUACCUCGGAACGAGGUGUUCUGCAACCGACAGAAGAGAUUUAUGUAAAAUUAGCAAAGGCAUUCCUGGAAAGUGGAAAGAUGAAGGAGUUGGCAGAGUUUCUGUUAAAGGCAGAACAUGAAGACUCCCCUGUUUCUAGUGAUGACUCGAUGCUGGUGAAUGUUAUCAACGCAUGUAUAUCUCUAGGAAUGUUGGAUCAGGCGCAUGAUCUACUCGACGAGAUGCGCAUGGCUGGGGUAAGAACCGGUGCUUCGGUUUAUUCUUCGCUCCUCAAAGCUUACUGCAAAACUAACCGAACUAGAGAAGUGACAUCACUCCUUAGAGAUGCUCAGAAGGCCGGGAUUCAAUUCGACUCGAGCUGUUAUGAAGCCUUGAUCCAAUCUCAAGUGAUUCAGAACGAUACUCAUGGAGCUCUCAAUGUGUUCAAGGAAAUGAAAGAGGCGAAAAUCCCAAGAGGCGGAAAUCAGCAGUUUGAGAAGCUCUUAAAGGGUUGCGAAGGGAACGCAGAGGCGGGACUUAUGUCGAAGCUCUUGAGAGAAAUCAGAGAAGGGCAGAGUUUGGAUGCUGGUGUUCAUGAUUGGAACAAUGUGAUCCAUUUCUUUAGCAAGAAAGGUUUGAUGCAAGAUGCAGAGAAGGCGUUGAAGAGGAUGAGAAGUCUCGGUCAUUCGCCAAAUGCUCAGACUUUUCAUUCUAUGGUCACAGGUUAUGCAGCCAUUGGGAGUAAAUACAAAGAGGUCACCGAGCUAUGGGGAGAAAUGAAAUCCAUAGCCGCAGCUACUUCAUCGAUGAGGUUUGAUCAGGAGCUGCUUGACUCGGUGCUCUACACGUUUGUUAGAGGCGGGUUUUUCUCUCGGGCUAAUGAAGUUGUGGAGAUGAUGGAGAAAGAGAAUAUGUUUGUUGAUAAGUACAAGUAUCGGAUGCUCUUCUUGAAGUAUCACAAGACUGCUUAUAAAGGCAAAGCUCCAAAAGUUCAGAGCGAGUCUCAGCUCAAAAAGAGGGAAUCCGGUUUAACAUUCAAGAAAUGGCUCGGUCUAUCUUGA